UGGUACGGUUGGGCGCGAGUGGUCGCGCAUAUUCGUGUGUUGAGUUUCGGGUACGCGUCGGGGCGAGAGCGCGUACCGUAUGCAUCGACGUUUCGAACGAUUUUCGCGGCCGCGGUUUCAUUCUGUGCGAAAUAUGUCGCGACUCUGCGCGGCUUAACGACGGGACGAUACUUGGACGAGUCACUGUCAGCGCUAGAAAGAUAAACAGAAAUCAUGUUUUACGCGCAUUUUGUGUUGGCCAAGAAGGGGCCCUUGGCCCGUAUAUGGCUGGCCGCUCACUGGGACAAGAAGUUGACCAAGGCACACGUAUUCGAGACAAACAUAGAAAAGUCCGUGGACGGUAUAUUACAACCGAAGGUAAAAAUGGCUUUGAGAACAUCCGGCCAUUUGUUAUUGGGAGUAGUGCGAAUCUAUUCGAGAAAAGCCAAGUACUUACUGGCCGAUUGCAAUGAGGCCUUUGUUAAGAUCAAGAUGGCCUUCAGGCCUGGAAUGGUGGACCUGCCUGAAGAGCACCGGGAGGCAGCUGUGACAGCUAUCACUUUGCCAGAAGUGUUUCAUGACUUUGACACUGCUAUGCCUGAACUCAAAGAUGUCGACAUUGAAGCUCAGUUCAGUUUGAAUCAGUCUAGAGCAGAGGAGAUAACGAUGAGGGAAGAUUACGGCAGUCUAUCUCUGGUUACGCACGAUCAGGGCUUCGGUGACAUGAGUUUCGACGCCGAGCCACCAGAGUUACUACGUCACGGCAGCGGCAUGGAACCGUCGUUAGAUCAGAGUCACAUGUUGUUCAGCGAUGGUCCAGGAAUAGAAACGGCGCUGGAGCAGAAAGAGAAAGAGCCAGUUGCAGGAACAUCUGCUACAGCACAGCCCAUGGACAUCGAUACGCCUAUUAGAGACGACGGGUUUGGUGGUCAUCUUGGCCAGGAUAUCAUAUCGGGGGGUCUCUUUGAAGGCGGUUUAUUUGACGAGGCCCCAAUGGGCGAAGUACCCGUACCUGAGGUUAGUUCGAUAAACGAGCAGCCGGAAGCGGGCGCGGCUCCUGGAACUGCUGCCUCCGUGCAUGACGAAUCUGACGAAGACAUGGGCGAUCAUUUUGGCGGUCCAGCCUCUCCGAUGGGAGGCAUGAGCUCUGACGGCUCGAGACCAGCCACACCAGUCGCGGCUGGAGAGGAGAUUGAAGGCAGAAUAAGCGUUGCCAGUCGGCGCUUUACACCAGCUCCGCCAGUUAUGCCAGAGGAACAUGCUAUUGAUAACAUAGAGGAACCGCCACCUUUGCAAGAUCAAACCACAUUAUUGCACGAUGAGGAAGAGAGCUUCGCGCUAGCUCCGAUUGAUGCAUCCGCUUUGAAAGGAUUCACGAAGGCCAAACGCAAGCGUAAGCUCAUUGUCGACGAGGUAAAAAAUAUUUCUGGCGAGGAGAUGAAGGCGCAGCUAUCCGAUACGAGCGAUAUUAUCACGACGUUGGACUUGGCACCGCCUACGAAAAGACUGAUGCACUGGAAGGAAACUGGCGGCGUAGAGAAGCUCUUUGCUCUGCCAGGAAGGCCUAUUCCGGCUCGCGUUCUAUUUAAGAAUUAUCAGAGGCAUCUCACAAGCAAGUCUUACGAUCAUGAGGAUUUCGGUCGACUUGGAACUGAGGAAGAUGGAAUGUCUUUGGAGCAAAUGAGAGAUGGUCCAGAAGAAGUAUCCUCUUUAGAGCAAAGCAUUCUCGGUAAGCGUACAGGACGUAAACGGAAAGCACCACUGGAUGAUGAGAUAAGGCAGCCUCCUCAACCACCCCAACCAACUCCAGCGGAUAUCAGCCAACUGAAUGAAGCGGUGGAAAUUCCAAACAUAAUAGCACAGCAUAAUCUUUCGGAAUCGUCCGUUGCACCGGAGGUAUCUUUACCAGCGGAACCGUCGGUUUCCGAUAUAAGCAGCAUUGUGCCUUCCGGCGAACCAUCAGACGUACCACCGAUUACCGAGACGCCUUUGCUCGGUUCGGAAAUACCGCAAAUCGCGCCAACCGACGUCGGCACACACGAAGAACCCCAAAUACCAUUAAUGUCGGCGCAGGAAGACGCCACCGUACCUACGUCCGAUAUGCCGCAGAUGGAAAACAUGGGUUACGAUCAGGCACAACCACAGGUUUCGUACAUGGGCUAUGACGAACAGCAUCCUCCAGCGCAUACGCCUGGUGCAAUUUCCGAAAGAGGACCUGCCACACCGUGGAACCAUGAGGAUUACGAGUUUCCGCCAUCCGUGGGACCUCAAGAGGAACAACAAAUGGACGAAACUUAUGAGCAGUUUGAAGAACGCGUUCUUAACAAAAGAGCAGCGCAUAUGUAUCAUGUUAUUAAGAGCAAACUAGAUACCAAAGAUAAAUUAACAUUAUCAGAGAUGGCAUUCAAAAAUAAUCGCAAACAGGUUGCACAGAAGUUUUAUACGCUGUUAGUCUUGAAAAAGUUCCAAGUAUUAGAACUCAAUCAAGAAUAUUCGUAUGCUGAGAUAAUAGUCACAAAAGGACCAAAAUUCGAAAAUCCUGCGUUAUAAAGAUUUACGCUCUCGAUUAUAAAGCUGCGUGUAUCAAUGAUGUUGAUAUAUAUUAUUACACAUAAAAUAUCAAAAUGACAUUCGUUCUUUCCUAAAAAAAAUCCUAAAUUAUGAUAGUAUAAAGAUUUAUUGAUUUAAAAUAGAGUUAUUUGUGACAAAUGAGAAAAUUUCUCUAAUUUUUUGGAUUCCCUGUCUUGAAAAAAUGUAUAAUGAAUAUUAAUUAUUGUGUAAUCAUUUUAAUCGUGUUGCAUUCCUUUCUUUUCAUACAUAUAUGUAUUAAUAUAUACUACAUUCACUUUUCAUUGAUAUGCUUAUUAACUUUGUCAAAAUUUCUACAACUGAUUGCGUCCUGUAUUAUUCAUCAAUCCGAACAGGAUUUGUAUAUAAAUAUAAUGAAUAGUUGAAGAAUUA